GUAUAAAGCCGAACGUUCUGACGCGAACCGGUGACAGUACGGUGCGAGAAGUGACAACAGAACGAUGAAAUAGUUCCAGCUCAGUAGGCGACACAGGAAUUGGAGAUAAAAACCUGCAAGAGAAAAAAAUACGGUAUUGUGUUGGUUGUGAUUGUCUGUGUGAUUGAAGUGAAAGAUCGGAAGGAUCUUUGCAGCAAUUAAAGUGUGAUAGCUAGAGUGUUGAGCAAAGCAUGAAGCAAUUGUUAGCGUUCGGUGUGUGCCUGCUGGCCAGUUUGCUGCUGCCAGCGGCAGCUAACCCCCGGUUUGACGGCUACACCUACACUACGCCCGCCGCCGAUGGGUACCACUACACGACCCCCGCCUGCGGGCUGCCGGAACCGUGCAAUCCCGUAACGACCACCGUCACCAGACCGACCACCAUUACCCGGUCCGAUGUGCGCACCGUCACCGACUACCGGACGCAGAUCGUACCGACGACGACCACCGUCACGAGCCGCACGACUGCCUACUCCACCAAGGUGGUGACGGACGUGGUAACGCAAACGCCACCACCGGUCACAACCACCCAAACGCAAACCCGCACCAGCACCAUCACCUCCCGCUCGACGGCCACGGCUUUCCUCACCGAAACGGAGCGCGAAACGGAAACGCGCACCAACACGGUCACGCAAACGAAGUCGUACACCUCGACCAAGAUCGUGCCGACGACGGUGGAGCGCACGGUGACCACGACGCAGCCACCGGUCGUCCUCACCGACACCAAGACGGAAAGGAUAACGUCCACGCGCACCAACACGGUCACGCGCACCAGCACCAUCACCUCGACCAUCGUCGAGCCGACGCCCGUGUACGAGUACCUGACCGAAACGGAAACGAAAACCGUCACCAAGACGACGGCCACUCCCGUGCUGACGACGAUCACCCGCACGCAAACCGUGCCCGUCGUGACGACCGUCACGCAGCCUUGUACACCGGACCGCGCAUACCUGCCCGUCCAGGCGACCUGCCCGCCGACCAAGGAGUAUCUGCCACCGGUACAGGCCGGACCACCGGUCGACUAUCUGCCACCGCCGAAGAAGGACGUGUCCUAUCUGGUGUCGCGCAAGAAUCUCUACCAGCUGUUCUAGUGUACCAGUGUGUUCGUGUAUGCGUGUGUGUUCGACAAAUCGUUCUCUGCCCAAUAAAAAAAACAAUUUCAAAUUGGAAAAUAA